UGAAGUAGUUACGUUAUACGGCUAUCUCUACGAUUUUUCUUAUUCCAGAAGAGCGGAUAUUAUGAAGUACAAUGUUUUCCUUGAAAAAAUUGAAAACAUAGUGGACAAAGCUGAAAAUAUUAAGAAGAGUCACAUAUCCGAAUUGAUGCUCUCACUGACACCAACCUGCGACGAGAGUUUAAUUAAAUGUAGCUGGAAAGGAGAAGUUCAAGAUUGCAAUCGUUUGUUUAGAACGCAAAUUACCCAAUUCGGCUUCUGUUGCACAUUUAACUACUACAAUACUGAAGCAGGCAGAAAGGCAGAAGACCUUGAUGAUCCUCUUGAUGAGCCUUAUAUAUUGGAGUAUCACGAAGCAGGGCCCUACUACGGCCUCACCUUAGUGGUUAACGCAAACACACACGAGUAUCUUUACACAACACGUCAAAGCUACGGUUUUGACGUUCUAUUCUUUGAUCGAUACGAUUACGCUGAUCAAACUGCUGGCGGGCUAGUCCACAGAGUAGUAUCAUUAGGCUCCCAGUAUGAUAUGGAACUCCAUCCAUACGCUUACUACUCGACAUCAGACAUCAAACGAUUUCCUAUUGAGAAAAGACAAUGCAAAUUUGCUGAUGAAAUGCAAAAUGAGUACCACAACCAUUAUAGCUUGAGUAAUUGUCUAGUGCGGUGCAGAAUGAGAACUCUAGAGAGACUUUGCAACUGUGUGCCUUUUUUUCUGCCAAGAAGGAGUAACGUUUCAGCAUGCACAUUGGAAGAGCUGUAUUGUCAGAAUAAAUACAGCCAAAAACUUUUAUUCGUAUAUCCUCCUGAGGAUUUACCAGGUUUAGAGUUAGAACGGGAAAAUUCUCUAAAUUGCCCGAUAUGUCUCGCUGAUUGCUCCGUUACAAAAUAUAAUGUUAUUAGCAAUAGAUUACUGUGUGAUGGCGCGAUUGAGUUCGCCAAAGACCUUGAUUUAAAUGAUCACAAUAUAUCUAUAAUCCGUAUAUUUUAUCUUAAUCCUACAUUGCCACUAUUCAGAGAGGACGUGACGUAUCAUUGGUAUGAAUUAAUUAGCUACUUAGGUGGGCUAUGCGGAUUUUUUACUGGAUUUUCUAUGAUAAGUCUAGCUGAAUUCUUUUACUACAUCUUCAUACGUCUUAGUUACAUUUUAGUUGAAAAUUUUAGACGAUAUGGUUAAUUUUCGUGUGCCU